GGACUAAAACCGUGACGCACCUGACUCGCUUCCUGUUUACAAACCUAAAUGACAACCAUUCAUUUCUGUAACAUUUAAUUUAAUAACCCAAGUUCCAGCUUCUUUCAUGUAGCAUCAAUAGUCUUUGCAGCCAUGAUUCCGUACACAGUAAACAUUAAACUAGCAGCACGGACACUCACCGGGACUCUCAAUUUGCAAAACAAAACUGCAGUUGACUGGGGUUGGCAAGGUCUGAUUGCUCAGGGAUGCCACUCCAGCAUCCUCAUUAUCGACCCAAAGACCGCUCAGACAAUUCAGGUCCUGGAGAGACACAAAGCCAAUGUUGUCAAGGUGAAAUGGUCCAGGGAGAACUACCACCACAACCUGAGCUCCCCGUACUCGCUACGCCUCGCCUCGGCCGACGCCGCAGGCAAAAUCAUCGUGUGGGACGUGGUGAGCGGCGUUGCGCACUGCGAGAUUCAGGAGCACUCCAAACCCAUUCAGGACAUGGAUUGGCUGUGGAAUCAGGAUAUGUCACAUGACCUGCUUUUGGCCGUGCACCCUCCCAACUACAUAGUGCUGUGGAACGGGGAUACAGGGACCAAGCUGUGGAAGAAGAGCUACGCCGAGAACAUCCUGUCCUUCUCUUUCGACCCGUUCGACCCCUCUAAUUUAGCCUUGCUGACUAGCGAGGGAAUCGUUUUCAUCACCGACUUCUCACCGUCCAAGCCCCCGGGCAGCAGCGGGAAGAAGGUUUACAUUGCCAGCCCACACUCUAGCCCUGCUCACAGCAAACCUGCUGCCACACAUCCCACAGGUGCUAAGAAAGCGCUCAACAAGGUCAAAGUGCUCAUCACCAACGAGAAACCCAUGGCCGAGGCAGUAACCCUGAAUGACUGUCUCCAGCUGUCGUACCUUCCCUCAAAGAAGAGUCACAUGCUGCUGCUAUACCCCAGAGAGAUCCUCAUCCUCGACCUGGAGCUCAGCCAGACCGUGGGGGUGGUGGCCAUCGAGCGCUCCGGGGUGCCCUUCAUACAGGUGAUUCCCUGCGGCCAGAGGGACGCUCUCUACUGCCUGCACGAGAACGGCUGUGUCACACUGCGCGUGUGCCGAUCCACUGCACUCUCAGUGGAGGAAACAGCAGUGGCAUCUGAGACAGAGCAGGGAAUGCAGGAGCUGUCGUAUGAUCUGCGCUCUCAGUGCGACGCCAUCCGCGUGACUAAGACGGUACGGCCGUACCGGGCGGUGAUCUGCCCCGUCAACGAGAACCGAGCCGCUCUGGUGGUGAGCGACGGCCGCAUCAUGCUCUGGGAGCUCAAAGCUCACACUGGAAAAGCAUCGUCCAACAUCGGGUCAGGCCUUUCCCCGCUCUACUCUCCAGUAAAUUUUUGUGGGACCCCGUUGGGUCAGAACCAGAAACGAAUCCCGGACCUCUCUCUCAACACAAUGAUCAGUCCCACUUUGAUCUCGGGUGUUGACCCACCUGUAUCUAUUGUGGGGCAGCAGGAGGUGCAGCUGAAGUUCCUUCUGACAGGGCUGUUGUCUGGUUUGCCCCUGCCACCCUUCUCGCUGCGCAUGUGUCCUCCUUUAACCACUAAAAACAUCCAGCACUACCAGCCGCUGCUGGCCGUGGGUUCGAGUAACGGCUCGGUGCUGGUGUAUAACCUGACGAGUGGCCUCCUGCACAAAGAGCUCAGCGUGCACUCGUGCGAUGUCAGAGGGAUAGAGUGGAUAAGCCUGACCAGUUUCCUGUCUUUUGCCACCUCGGCUCCCAACAACAUGGGCCUUGUGAGGAAUGAGCUUCAGCAUGUGGACUUGCGCACAGGCAGGUGCUUUGCAUUCCGUGGCGAGCGUGGUAAUGAUGAGCCAGCCAUCGAAAUGAUUAAAGUGUCGCAUCUAAAGCAGUAUCUGGUGGUGGUGUUCAAAGACAAACCCCUGGAGCUCUGGGAUGUGCGCACAGGAACCUUGCUGCGUGAAAUGGCCAAGAGCUUCCCCUCAGUUACCGCACUGGAGUGGUCUCCCUCUCAUAACCUUAAAAGUCUAAAAAAGAAACAGAUGGCAGCGCGUGAGGCCAUGGCCAGACAGACCACGCUGUCGGACGCUGAGCAGAGCAAUGUCGAAUCCUCCGUCAUCAGCCUGCUGCAGGAUGCAGAGAGCAAGGCUGAGACAGGUCAGGGCAUCUCCGCUCGCGAGCACUUUGUGUUCACUGACACGGACGGUCAGGUCUUUCACAUCACUGUGGAGGGCAACACCGUGAAGGAAGGAGCACGCAUCCCUCCUGAUGGGAGCAUGGGCAGCAUCGCCUGCAUCGCGUGGAAGGGAGACACGCUAGUACUAGGAGAUGUGGAUGGAAACCUGAAUUUCUGGGAUCUAAAAGCUCGUUUAUCAAGGGGAAUACCCACACACCGAGGAUGGGUAAAGAAGAUCCGCUUCGCUCCUGGAAAGGGCAACCAAAAGCUACUUGUGAUGUACACUGAUGGAGCUGAGGUGUGGGACACCAAAGAGGUACAGAUGGUGAGCAGCAUCAGAGUGGGUCGGAAUGUGAGUUACCGUAUUCUGGACAUCGAUUGGUGUACAUCGGAUAAGGUGGUCCUGGCCUCAGAUGAUGGCUGUGUCCGUGUGCUGGAGAUGGCCAUGAAAUCUGCCAGCUAUAGGAUGGACGAGCAAGACCUAACAGAUCCAGUGUGGUGUCCGUAUCUGCUGCUCCCACGUGCUGCUCUCACCCUGAAGGCCUUCCUCCUGCUGCAGCCCUGGUCUGGAACCUUCACCAUGGACAUCACUCAAGUAGACUACCAAGAGAAGGACGAAAUCAAAGGCUUGGUGCAAGAACAGCUGAACUCCUUGUCCAAUGACAUCAAAAGUGUACUCCAGGACCCAGAGCUCAAUCUGCUUCAACGCUGCCUCCUAGUGUCCCGGCUGUUUGGUGAUGAGUCAGACCUGCAGUUUUGGAAUGUGGCAGCACAUUAUAUCAAGUCUUUUGCCCAGGCGCGGCAGCUGAGUGUGCCCACUCCUGAUGCACAGAUACAGCCAGAGUGCUCCCAGAGUACCACUCAGUGCCAUCUGGAUAUCUGCCAUGAUAUUCUAUGUGAAAGCUCCUUCUUUCAGAGAUUCCAGUUAGAACGGGUUCAUCUACAGGAGGCGAAGAGGUCCAGCUAUGAACACACCAAAAAAUGUGCAGACCAACUGCUUCUCUUGGGACAGACUGACCGGGCGGUGCAGCUGCUGCUGGAGACGAGUGCUGAGAACCCUAGCUACUACUGCGAUUCGCUUAAAGCCUGCCUUGUAACAACUAUUCCCUCCUCUGGACCUUCUCAGAGCACAAUUAAACUAGUGGCCACCAAUAUGAUCGCCAGCGGAAAGCUUGCAGAAGGUGUGCAGUUGCUAUGUUUGAUUGACAAGGCAGUAGAUGCCUGUCGUUAUCUGCAGACAUACGGCGAGUGGAACCGAGCCGCCUGGCUGGCAAAGGUGCGUCUGAACCCGACCGAAGCCUCAGAAGUGCUGAAGCGCUGGGCCGAGUACCUCUGCUCUCCACAGGUCAAUCAGAAGUCCAAAGCUAUCAUGGUGCUGCUCUCACUGGGCUGCUUCCAGAAGGUUGGCGAGAUGCUCCACAGUAUGAGGUAUUUUGACCGGGCAGCCCUCUUCAUCGAAGCUUGUCUGAGAUAUGGCGUGAUGGAGGCCAACGACACCACUAAUAAGCUAAUAGGCGCAGCAUUUUCCGCCUACGCCGGGCUCCUUCGCUCGGUGGGAUUGCGAGAGGGAGCAGCGCUGUGGGCCUCGAAGGCUGGAGGAGCAGGAGAGGAGCUCCUGGAAGAGUUGUUCCAGAACGAAGGAUCCGGAUCAGAUCUCACACCUGGUGAGGAGGAGAAGAAGAGCAACCUGGGUGUCGCUGAAUGAUUCUAAAGGACAAAAGAACAGGGUUUCAGGUUUAGUGGAGAACUUAAUGAAGUGUGUUUGUUUUAGAUUUGUUGGUUUUAAAAAGAAAGAAAUUAUAUAUCUAUUGCAUAAUGUGUGUAAAAUUUGUGUGUGUGUAUCUCGCACGCAAGAUAAAAGCAUGCACUCUGGGCUUGUACACUGUGGGUUUGGGUUUGAAACCCCCCCUCUUUUUUUUUUUUUUAUAUAAAUGUCUGCGUUAUAAACUGUAACCAAAAACAAUUUGCUGCUCCAGACAUUCCAAUUUUUUUUAUUGCACUUUUUAUUUUGACCAAACAAUUAAUUUAAGUGGAACUCUGGGUUAUAAAUGAGGUAUUCAUUAUGUAUUGGAUAACACAGAGUGUUUUAGUCCUCUUAUACCACAGCGAUUUGCCGACAAUAGCAAUUUGUAGUUUACUAAUGAACAACAAACUUUGAGCAUUUAUAGUGCCAUUUAAUGUCAUGGAACAUUCAUAAAAUAAACAGGUUCCUGUUGUAGCUUACAGUACUUUAUAGCAGCUUUAGACAUUCACCUACAUGAAAUGAACGACAAGAAAACAUGGCUGAAAAUGUACCAAGCACUCACACCUAAGAUAUAAAUAAAUAAUAUAUAAAUAAUUCAUCUCUAUCAUGAUACAAUGGCAAUGAUUCUACUUUUUUUAAGCAUCUUUAUUAAAUAACAGCAAGACUGUGUGAAGCACCGUACAAAUCCCUGUGAACAAGCUGUUACUAAAGAAACCUAUUAGAACAAGCAUAUUUGAUAUAAAUAUAAAUUUGGGGUCAAGGUUCAAUUCUGCAAAAUUUAAUUAUAAAAAAAUGAUAAAAUAAAAAAAAAAUUCGAAGGAUUAGAACUGAUGCUUAUGAAGGCUACAGGAUACAUUGAGUCAGGGGGGUGUAAACUUUUGAGCAGGGUGAUCGAUAAUGUAAAUGAUUAUUUUGUUUAAAGAUCUUAUUUUUCCAUUUAGAGCUGCUCUUCAGAAGUUACAUAAGACAGAUGUGCAAAAGUUUACACCCCCUGGCUCUUACCAUAUAUGUCUUGUGGAGCAUCAGUGAACUUUUUGCAGUAACUGUGUACGAGUCGCUCAUUUGUCCUCAGUGUGAAAAGAUGGACCAGGUCAUGUGUGUGAAUUCAGUUAGAACCGUGUCCUGUGGACUCAGCGAGACGUAUUAAAACUUCAUGACCCCAAAAUUAUAGAAAAUCAAUCAACACCUUCCUAUUUUGAGGACUCGACCCUGCUGUGGUCUGUUAGACUAUAAUAUGGAAGUGAUGGACUUCAGCUCAGCUCAGAGUCAUGUAUUGUGUAUAGAAAAAGCGUGACUAGAUAUUAGAAAUAAAAGAAGAAAUAAAACAGAAAAGAAUUGAAACAUUGGGAAGCUGAACAUUUGAGUUCAGCAAGGAUUUUUCUUUCAAUUCGAGCAGAAUGCUCAGUGAGGUUAGUGCUGUAAUUUUGUGUGUGUGUAUUUGUGUGUUGUGAUAUCUGUGUUUCUGCAAUCCCAGAGAAAUCCUUCAUACCAUGUGAAAUGUUUUGACAGCACAAAUUGGAUGUUCGCCAUUGUUUUGUCAAUAAACCUUAUGCAACCUUGUGCUCUUCUUGUGCUGUUCACUGUUCUGAGGUCCAGAAAUAUCGAUGUUCAUCCUGCCUUUCUUUUUAAGCACAUAUUGACUCUGAGUAUUGUAAUGAUGGAUGUGGUAUUAUUCUGUCCUACAUCAUGAUGUUUCCUUGUAAAUUGCAGCACAGUGAAUUAGUGCAUGCAGUUACUUUGUGCUUUGUGAUCAGAUGAAUAAAUAUGUAUAUACAGGAAAAAGCAAUAAAUGUCUGUGGACUGUUAA